AAGCCCGCAGUGCCCGGAUGUGAAUGGAUUACAAUGUAUCUUUCAGGGAAACCUAUUAUUAUCAAUGUGACUCCACGGGGGAGUCAAUGGUGAUGAGGAGGAGGAGGAGGAUGAUGAUGAGACACCUCUAAACUUGGAGCAAGUUUAAGACUUUCUAAGAGGAGAAGAAAAAACACCCACCAACGAGAUUUGUUUGAGGAACAAUUCUAACUACCCAGUGUUGAUUUUUUUUUAUAAACCAUAAGAAAAAGUUGUUGGAUUUUUUUUUAAUGAAUUCUUUUUUUGGGGAGGGCAUUUUGUUGCAGUUUUAUGGUGGAAAAUGCAAAAAGCAGAGCCAGGUGCAUGAUCCUGUAAUCUGUGGAUAUCCCUGGAGCAGGACUGAGUACCAGUUAAAAUACUUUUUUGGGGGAUACACAUGUGAGAUACUAAGUACUUGCAGAAGAUUUUUGUCUCUCUUUUUAAAGUCUUUUUCCUUGGAAUAUUGUGAACAUAUUUGUGGCCACUUAAGGUUUGUGUGAUUUUGCUAAAAUGCAUCACCAACAGCGAAUGGCUGCCUUAGGGACGGACAAAGAGCUGAGUGAUUUACUGGAUUUCAGUGCGAUGUUUUCACCUCCUGUGAGCAGUGGCAAAAAUGGACCAACUUCUUUGGCGAGUGGACAUUUUACUGGCUCAAGCUGUCCUGGCAAGAGAGGCGCUGAAUAUUUCCAUGUAGAAGACAGAAGUAGCUCAGGGUCCUGGGGGAACGGAGGACAUCCAAGCCCAUCCAGGAACUAUGGAGAUGGGACUCCCUAUGACCACAUGACCAGCAGGGACCUUGGAUCACACGACAAUCUCUCCCCACCUUUUGUCAAUUCCAGAAUACAAAGUAAAACAGAAAGAGGCUCCUACUCAUCUUAUGGGAGAGAAUCAAACUUACAGGGUUGCCACCAGCAGAGUCUCCUUGGAGGUGACAUGGAUAUGGGCAACCCAGGAACCCUUUCGCCCACCAAACCUGGCUCCCAGUACUAUCAGUAUUCUAGCAAUAACCCCCGAAGAAGGCCUCUUCACGGUACUGCCAUGGAGGUACAGACAAAGAAAGUUCGAAAAGUUCCUCCAGGUUUGCCGUCUUCAGUCUACGCUCCGUCAGCAAGCACUGCCGACUACAAUAGGGACUCGCCAGGCUACCCCUCCUCAAAACCAGCAGCCAGCACUUUCCCUAGCUCCUUCUUCAUGCAAGAUGGCCAUCACAGCAGUGACCCUUGGAGCUCCUCCAGUGGGAUGAAUCAGCCUGGCUACGGAGGAAUGUUGGGCAAUUCUUCUCAUAUUCCACAGUCUAGCAGCUACUGUAGCCUGCACCCACACGAACGUUUGAGCUAUCCAUCACACUCCUCAGCAGACAUCAAUUCCAGUCUUCCUCCGAUGUCCACUUUCCAUCGUAGUGGUACAAACCAUUACAGCACCUCUUCCUGUACACCUCCUGCCAACGGGACAGACAGUAUAAUGGCAAAUAGAGGAAGCGGGGCAGCAGGCAGCUCGCAGACUGGAGAUGCCCUGGGGAAAGCACUUGCUUCGAUCUAUUCUCCAGAUCACACUAACAACAGCUUUUCAUCAAACCCUUCGACUCCUGUUGGCUCUCCACCUUCACUCUCAGCAGGCACUGCUGUUUGGUCUAGAAACGGAGGACAGGCCUCCUCGUCUCCUAACUACGAAGGACCCUUACACUCUUUGCAAAGCCGAAUUGAAGACCGUUUGGAAAGACUGGAUGAUGCUAUUCACGUUCUCCGGAAUCAUGCGGUGGGCCCGUCCACAGCUAUGCCCGGUGGUCACGGGGACAUGCAUGGGAUCAUUGGACCUUCUCACAAUGGAGCUAUGGGCGGUUUGGGCUCAGGGUAUGGAACCGGCCUUCUUUCAGCCAACAGACAUUCACUCAUGGUUGGUGCCCAUCGUGAGGAUGGUGUGGCCCUGAGAGGCAGCCAUUCCCUUCUGCCAAAUCAGGUUCCGGUUCCACAGCUUCCUGUCCAGUCUGCAACUUCCCCUGACUUGAACCCACCCCAGGACCCUUACAGAGGCAUGCCACCAGGACUCCAGGGGCAGAGCGUCUCCUCGGGCAGCUCUGAGAUCAAGUCCGACGACGAGGGUGAUGAGAACCUGCAAGACACCAAGUCUGCUGAGGACAAGAAACUGGAUGACGACAAGAAGGAUAUCAAAUCAAUUACUAGGUCAAGAUCUAGCAAUAAUGAUGAUGAGGACCUGACCCCAGAGCAGAAGGCAGAGCGCGAGAAGGAGCGGAGGAUGGCCAACAACGCCCGUGAGCGCCUGCGGGUGCGUGACAUCAACGAGGCUUUCAAGGAGCUAGGCCGCAUGGUGCAGCUCCACCUCAAGAGUGACAAGCCCCAGACCAAGCUCCUGAUCCUGCACCAGGCCGUGGCCGUCAUCCUCAGCCUGGAGCAGCAAGUCCGAGAAAGGAAUCUAAAUCCGAAAGCAGCCUGUCUGAAAAGAAGGGAGGAAGAGAAGGUGUCCUCGGAGCCGCCCCCUCUCUCCUUGGCCGGCCCCCACCCUGGAAUGGGAGACGCAUCGAAUCACAUGGGACAGAUGUAAAAGGGUCCAAGUUGCCACAUUGCUUCAUUAAAACAAGAGACCACUUCCUUAACAGCUGUAUUAUCUUAAACCCACAUAAACACUUCUCCUUAACCCCUUUUUUUGUAACAUAAGACAAGUCUGAGUAGUUAUGAAUCGCAGACGCAAGAGGUUUCACCAUUCCCAAUUAUCAAAAAACAGAAAAACAAAAAAAAAGAAAGAAAAAGUGCAACUUGAGGGACGACUUUCUAUAACAUAUCAUUCAGAAUGUGCAAAGCAGUAUGUACAGGCUGAGACGCAGCCCAGAGACUGAAUGGCAAUCCUUCCACACUGUGGAACAAUGCAUUUGUGCCUAAACUUCUUUUGGAAAAAAAAAAUAUAAUUAAUUUGUAAGUCUGAAAAAAAUAUUUAAUUUAAAAAAAUUGUAAACUUGCAAUAAUGAAAAAGUGUACUUCUGAAGAAAACGACAUGAACGUUUUUGUUGGUAUCAAGUCAGCUAGUGUUUAUAAUUCCUGGAUAUCGAUAGGGGAAGCGCGGCUGCCCUGCUAACAAAACCAGCAAACGUCCUGACAGCGAAGUGAUGACAUUAGCCAUUCCUUAGGGUAGGAGGAACAGAUGGAUCUUAUAGACCUAUGACAAAUAUAUAUAUAAAUAUAUAUAUAAAUAUAUAUUAAAAAUUUAGUGACUAUGGUAAGCUUUUGUUCAUUUGUUUCAGACUUUUUUCUCCUGUAAAAAAAAUAGUACUGAUUAACUUUUUUAAAAGAAAGAUUUUACUGUAAAUAUGGAAUUUUUUUUUUUUUUUGGUCUUAUUUCUGUCCCUUCCCCUGGUUUGUUAUCGUAACCUGUAGUGCCAACUCUGCUUCUGGAGGGGUAGUGCAGGAGGAAACGCUGACCCUGAUGUUGCUUCUCAUUCAUAAAUAAGUAGAAAGUUGUUUCUCUAGUCUUUUGGGAACACAGGACUUAAAAGUCACAUCACGUGUAGAUAUUACAAGCAGCAUUACCAAGACAUGGCAAAAAGAGUUUGUCUGAAUUGUAAUGUUGCGUUUGUGACCCUAUUCUGGGAUUUUCAGAGGUACAAGGUUAGAAUGCUACAAUGUUACCACUGUGCCUUCCAAUGUUUAUAUCAUCGGAAACAUAACAUAAUCAAAGUGGCUGUGAUUUAACAAACGAUUCAAGUGUUACCUACCUGUGUAGCCGAAGUAGUGUGCAGUGAGGCGUUUCUGAAUACAUGGUCAGAUUUUUGGAAAAAAAACAAAAACAAAAACAAAAACAAAAAAACCACAAAGUUCAAAAACUGUCAAAUGAGAAAAUUGCAAGUAGUGUGACAGAGCUGAUUGAUUUUGUUGCUUUCUUUUUUUUUUGUUUUUCUUUUCAAAAUGGGUUUACUAAAAAGUAGAUGACUUAACUGCCUCCUCCUUCGUCUGAAAAAUGCCAAUAUCCAAUCAUCAUGCAGCAUUAUAACAAGCCUUAUCAGUCCUAAAGCAUUAAGUUGCACUUUUUUUGAGGAGGGGUAGUGCAGUAUUUCUCUGGCCAGUAUGAAUGAAGUUUAUACUUAACAUAUUUGAUAGAAACAUAGAUCAAGCUAUGGCACAGCAACUCAUCAGAUAGCUAGCUUUGACGUCUGGGCACAAUUGAACCAAUUUCCAUCGUGAAUCUUUAUAAUGAUUGACUUUGGUGUAUAGUGCAGUAAACAAAUAGUGCUCCUAGUUAAGUAUUUGUCAGCAUCCUUUUGUCUCUAACUCGUUUCUAUUUUGACAGCCACACAAUCUUGGCAUGUAUUAAGAAAAAAAAAUCCCUGUUCAAGUAGUUUUUCCACCUAUCAGCACUGAGUAAAUGCCAUAAAUCCAUCAAAAUGGUCUAAAUGUUCCAUCUGUUCUCCUGUUUUGCCAGUUAUAUAGUAAUGAAAUACAUUUGUAAAUUUUAUGCAACAAAUGGCAAACGUAUCAUUAUUUUGAAAUUGUGUAUGUAAAAGUUAUAUUUUUACAUGUAGACUCUUGUUAUUAUGUGUUUUAAUACAUUGUAUCAGUUUUUGUUUUUUUUUAAACUGUGGUUUAAAAAAAGUCUCAUUUAAAUGAAAUAGUGAGCUACAAGAAUCUGAAUUUUAUGUUCAUUUCUGAAAAUGUAAGAACAAAUAAGAUAGUUACCCAUGUGGUCAUCUUUUACAAACCCAUAAACAUUUUGAUUAGCUGUGUGUGUGUUGAAAACUGUAAAUAUGUUCAGUAGCGAUAAAACUAAAAUAUGCUUUGAUUUGUGGAUAAGUUCCUAAAAUGUGGAGGUGGAUUAAAACCUUAGGAGAAUAGCAGAAAUCAAACUUCAUGAAAAAUGAUUUGGGGGCUUUCCUGUGAAAUGUACGAACAAAGGGGCUCAAAGAAGGUCACGGAAGACAGAAAUGCAUACCCUCCCCUCCUCUUGAGUAACGGAAACCAUGUGUACUUGUUCCUUCA